AAGUCGCCUCUUUUUCCACCUGCAUGCUAAUGCCAUUCAUUGUCUCUAUAUUUCAAGCCUCUUUUUUUUUUCCCUUUCUUUCUACAAUGUUAUGUAUAAUUCCAAUCUAUCUGCAUUGGCUUACGAACGUGAACGAGUGAAUUUAUCCAAUUGAACUUUAUUGCAAAUUGUAUGUGAAUCGAUGAUAUAUGGCUGCAUAACCUCGCGAGUGUUCUGAUUUUGAUUAUAUGCGACGCAGCAGUAUAUUAUAGAUAGAUCAUACAAACACAGAAAAACAAGGCUGAUGAUACCUUGUUUCGUCUGUUUAGAUCAUCUGAAAGCGCCAAAGCCAUCGAGCCAUUGGAAUUUUGGUUUCUCGAAAGCAUAACCCAGAUUUUAGUGAUGUGGGGGCGCCAACGCAACUUGUACUCAACUUAUAAGCGUAUCUCGUCAAAAGAGCGUCUCAACGGCAACGCCUCAGAAGCCAGCCUCGGCCGAUCACCGAGUGGUGUCUUAAAAGAAGCUGGACUUCCCUCCUGGAAACGUUCCUUGCCUCAUGUACUGGUGGCAACUCUCUCAUCAUUCCUAUUUGGCUAUCACCUCGGGAUAGUUAAUGACACAUUAGAAAGCAUAUCUUUGGACCUCAGCUUCAGAGGAAGUACCCUGGCUGAAGGGUUGGUGGUGAGUACGUGUUUGGGAGGUGCUUUUGUUGGUUCAUUAUUCAGUGGCUGGACAGCAGAUGGGGUUGGGCGUCGCAGGGCAUUCCAGUUGUGUGCUUUACCAAUGAUCAUUGGUGCUUCCGUGAGUGCAACCGCAACUACUCUUCGAGGCAUGCUUCUUGGAAGGUUAUUUGUUGGAAUGGGGAUGGGUCUUGGGCCUCCUGUAGCAGCUCUUUAUGUGGCAGAGGUUUCGCCAGCUUUUGUAAGAGGCACUUAUGGGAGCUGCACUCAGAUUGCAACAUGCCUUGGACUGAUGGCCUCUUUCUUUGUUGGGAUUCCAUCCAAGGAGCUCAUGGGUUGGUGGCGAGUCUGCUUUUGGGUCUCUGCCCUUCCUGCUGCAUUACUUGCUAUUCUAAUGGAAUUCUGUGCUGAAAGUCCUCAUUGGCUAUUUAAGAGAGGAAGAAUGGCUGAAGCUGAAGAAAACACUGAGAGGCUGUUUGGAGCAUCACAUGUUAAAUAUGCAAUGGCUGAAUUAACAAAGUCAGAUAGGGGGGAUGAGGUUGAUACUGCUAAGUUUUCAGAUUUAUUUAUUGGUCGUCAUGUUAGAGUGGUUUUUCUCGGUUCCACACUACUUGCCUUGCAACAAUUGUCUGGGAUAAAUGCUGUAUUCUACUUCUCUUCAACUGUCUUUACAAGUGCCGGUGUUCCUUCAGACAUUGCGAAUAUAUGUGUAGGAAUUGUAAAUUUAUCAGGCUCAAUUAUUGCUAUGGUUUUGAUGGAUAAAAUGGGAAGGAAGGGGCUUCUACUUUGGAGUUUCUCAGGCAUGGCAGUAUCCAUGGGUUUCCAAGUCAUUGGAGCAAGUUCACUUCUGUCAGGCUCUGUAGUGCUUUACCUAUCAGUUGGUGGCAUGCUUCUGUUUGUGUUGACAUUUUCUUUGGGUGCUGGCCCAGUCCCUAGUCUGCUGCUGUCGGAGAUACUUCCAGCCCGAAUUAGGGAAAAGGCCAUGGCUGUCUGUAUGGCCGUGCAUUGGGUCAUAAAUUUUUUUGUUGGUCUGCUGUUUUUGCGGUUACUGGAGCAACUUGGCCCACAAAUUCUCUACGCGUCCUUCGGCAUCUUUUGCUUUGUCGCAGUAGUCUUUGUGAGGAAAAAUAUUGUCGAAACAAAAGGGAAGACGCUUCAAGAAAUUGAGAUGGCAUUUCUUCCAGCUGAUUAGUGGUGCUGCGGCUGAUUUAUCUGCUAAGAGGUGUAUGGCUAGAGGACAUUCGGGAGAGAGAACAAUCCGAAGCAUACACUUCACUUAAUGGCGUGACCCUGCAAUACUCUCGUAUAGUGCCUGGUACGUUCUGUGAGCAAAUAGCAAGGCCUCUCUGCUGCAAUUUUUAGCAACUAUUUUAGAGUUAGCAUAACCUUGUAUCGUUAUUAGAUUAGAUGCUGUAUUUGCAGCAGUUAGAAAUUGUUCGGAAUAAUGACUGCAUCAAUUAAUGGGGGCGAUUACUACUACGUUCAGAACAGAAGGAUUCUUCUUUUGAUUUCACUUCAUAACAGUCCCAGUUUCACUUCCUUGACUGCUUGCUGAAAACUUUUGUACUUGUAUCUGACGAAGAAAAAUAAUUCUAUUGGA